AUGGCCGCGGUGGCGGGGCCGGGGGUCACCGCAAGGGUGGCGGCCGUCGCUGUGCUGUGGGUGACAGCCGUGGGGGCGGCCACGGGGCGCUGGUGCGAGCGGACGGUGCUGGUGACGGAGCGGGAGGAGGUGAGGCCGCGGCGCGAGGCCGCGGUGCCGUGUCCCAGUUUGUACCAGUACAGCCUGGCCGGGUGGCGCCUGGACCGGGACCGCACGCGCCGGGAGCGCGGGAGCCCCGACGGGGACACCGAGCCCGCCCUCUGCUACAUCUACCGCCCCCCGGAGGUGCGGCCGGUGGCGCGGAACCGCACGGAGCGCGGCUGCUGUCCCGGCUGGAGCGGCGCCCGCUGCACCGAGGGCCCCGGCUCCCUGGGCCGCUGUUUCAGCGCGUGGCAGUGCCAGGACGGCGCCAGCCGCAACGGCAGCGCCAUGAGCCGCGCCGAGUGCUGCCAGCAGCCCUGGGGACACAGCUGGCAGCGCGGGGACACCGGCGGGCCCUGCCUGCCCUGCACCCGCCUGCCCCUGGGCGGGGACGGGGGCUCCCCGCGCCACCGCAGCCCCCCGGCCUCGUGCCAGGCCUGGGCCGGCUCCCGGUUCCGCACCUUCGACGGGCGGCACUUCGGGGUCACCGGGAACUGCCGCUACAGCCUGGCCAGCGCCACCGACGGCACCUGGGACGUCACCAUCGGCCUGGGACAGCCACGGGAGCUGCACAUGACCUUCGGGACAGACACGGUGGUGGCCCAGGGACGGAAUGUGUCGGUGAACGGGGCAGCAGUGCCAGAGGGGCGCCCCUACCUGCACAAAGGGCUCGGUGUCACCUGGCCGGGUGACUGGGUGGCCGUGGCCAGCAGCCUGGGAGUGCGGGUGGCCUGGGACGGACACCUGGCCGUGACAGUGACAGUGGAGCCCGAGCUGCGCGGUGGCACCUGGGGGCUCUGUGGCACCUACACCGACGACCCCGCAGAUGACUUCCUGCUCCCCGAUGGGGACAUCGCUGCCAUUGCCGCCACCUUUGCCGACGCCUGGAAGGCGCCGGUGGCCGGCGCAGAGGUGGAUCCCAGCGGGUUCUAUGCAGCGUGUGUGGCACUGCUGUGCGGGGACGGGGACCCCCUGUCACCCCCCGAUCCCCUGUCACCCCCCGAUCCCCUGCCAUCCCCUGAUCCCCUGUCACCUCCCGGUCCCCUGCCAUCCCCCGAUGCCCUGCCACCCCCUGAUCCCCUGUCACCCCCCGAUCCCCUGUCACCCCCUGAUCCCCUGUCACCCCCCGAUCCCCUGCCACCCCCCGAUCCCCUGUCACCUCCCGAUCCCCUGUCACCCCCCGAUCCCCUGUCACCCCCUGAUCCCCUGCCAUCCCCCGAUCCUCUGUCACCCCCUGAUCCACUGUCACCCCCCGGUCCCCUGUCACCUCCCGAUCCCCUGCCACCCCCUGAUCCCCUGUCACCCCCCGGUCCCCCCGGUCCGGCUCCCGCCGCCGCCUGUGCCACGUUCGCCGCCUACUCCCGGGAGUGCUCCCGCCGCCAGCUCCACGUGCCCUGGCGCCGCCCCGGCCUCUGCGAGCGCCGCUGCGGGGCCGGGCAGCGCUUCUCGGACUGCGUGUCGCUGUGCCCUGUCACCUGUGUCACCGCGGGCGGCGCCGAGCCGGGCCCCUGCCGGCGCCACUGCCACGGCGGCUGCGAGUGCGGCCCGGGGCUGGCCCGGGACGGCCCGCGCUGCGUGCCCCCGGCCGCCUGCCCCUGCCACCACCGGCGGCAGCGCUACGAGCCCGGCCAGAGCGUCCGCCAGCGCUGCAACCGAUGCACGUGCGAGGGCGGCCGCUGGCGCUGUGAGCAGCAGCGGUGCCCGGCCGAGUGCGCCGUGCUGGGGGGACGUCACUUUGUCACCUUCGACCGCCGCCGCUUCUCCCUGCCGGCCACGUGCGCGCACACCCUGCUGGAGGACUUCGUGUCGGGGCGGCUGCUGAUCACAGCCGAGCACGAGCCGUGUGACAGCCACCCGGGCUGUCCCCGCAGCCUCACCGUCACCACCAACCGCACCACGGCGCGGCUCCACGGCACAGGGGAGGUGACUGUGGCCGGGCGGGAGGUGACGCUGCCCUUCUCCGGUGCCGGGCUGAGCAUCCGCCGCGCGUCCUCGGCCUUCCUGCACCUGCAGCUGCCCGACGGGCACUUGCUCUGGGGCCUGGGCACCCCCGACACCUUCAUCACCCUGCAGCCCGCCAUGGCCGGCACGGUGCGGGGGCUCUGCGGGACCUUCAACGGGGACCAGCGCGACGAGUUCACGACGCCGGCGGGGGACGUGGAGCCGGGAGUCGCCGCCUUCGCCAACGCCUUCCGGGCGGCCGGAGCGUGCCCGGCGCUGGGCCCCGGCAUUGCCGACCCCUGCGACGGCUUCCCCGGGAGCCGGGAGCGCGCCGAGGCCGCCUGCGCCGUGCUCCUGGGGCCGGCCUUCCAGCCGUGUCACCGCGCCGUGGACCCGGAGCCGUUCCUGGAGCUGUGCCGCUGGGACGUGUGCUCCUGCCUGGACCGGGAACGGGAACGGGAGCGGGAGCGGGAAUGGGAGCGGUGCCUGUGCCCCGCGCUGGGCGCCUACGGCCGGGAAUGCGCCCGGGAGGGAACCGAGCUGGAGUGGAGGAACCGGAGCCUCUGCGACGAGCCGUGUCCCGGGGGGCAGCAGUACCGGGACUGUGGGGGUCCCUGCGGCCGCUCCUGCCCAGAGCCCCCCGGCGGCAGUGACUGUCCCCCCCCGGACACCCUCUGUGUCCCCGGCUGUCGCUGUCCCCCGGGGCUGCUGCUGGCACAGGGCGGGCAGUGUGUGCCCCCCGCCGCCUGCCCGUGCCCCCGCGGUGCCCGCCUGUACCCGCCCGGCGCCCGCAUCCGCCGCGGCUGCCAGGCCUGCGUGUGCGCAGGGGGGUCGUGGCGCUGCGCCCCCGGCCCGUGUCCCCCGGCCCCGCGCUGUCCCCCGGGGCUGCUGCACGCUCCCGGCUCCUGCCUGCGCCGCUGCGACCCCGCCGAGCCCUCCGGCACCUGCGGCGGCCCCGCCGACGGCUGCGUGUGUCCCCCCGGGGCGCUGUUCCUGGACGGGCGCUGCGUGUCGCCGGAGCAGUGUCCCUGUCACCACGGCGGGCGGCCGUACCCGCCCAACGCCACCAUCGCCCGCGACUGCAACACCUGCGUGUGCCGGGGCCAGCGGUGGCACUGCGGGCGCCGGGAGUGCGCGGGGACCUGCGUGGCCACGGGGGACCCGCACUAUGUCACCUUCGACGGCCGCGCCUUCACCUUCGCGGGGGACUGCGAGUACCUGCUGGCCCGCGAGGCCACCGGGCUGUUCGCUGUCACCGCCGAGAACGUGCCCUGCGGCGCCAGCGGCGUCACCUGCACCAAGUCCGUGCUGGUGGCCAUGGGCAACACCGUGGUGCACAUGCUGCGGGGGCGAGAGGUGACAGUGAACGGGGUGGCCGUGCGACCCCCCAAGGUGUUCGGGGGCUCGGGGCUGGCGCUGCAGCGCGCGGGGCUCUUCCUGCUGCUCCUGACGCGCCUGGGGCUGGCCGUGCUCUGGGACGGAGGGACCCGCGUGUACGUGCGCGUGUCCCCGCGGCUGCGCGGCCGCCUGGCCGGGCUCUGCGGGAACUUCGACGGCGACGCCGAGAACGACUUCGGGAGCCGCGACGGGGCCCUCGAGGCCACCCCCGAGAUCUUCGGGGACUCCUGGCGCCUCAGCCCGCUCUGCCCCGAGAGCGACGGCCACCGCCCGCACCCCUGCGAGGAGAGCCCCCAGCGCUCGGCCUGGGCGCGGGGGCGCUGCGGGGUCCUGCGGCACCCGCUGUUCGCGCCCUGCCACGAGCUGGUGCCGCCGCAGCGCUUCUACGAGUGGUGCCUGUUCGACGCCUGCGGGUGCGACAGCGGCGGGGACUGCGAGUGCCUGUGCACGGCCCUGGCCGCCUACGCCGAGGAGUGCGGCCGGCGGGGGAGAGCGCUGCGCUGGCGGAGCCAGGGGCUGUGCCCCCUGCAGUGCGAGGGGGGGCAGGAGUACAGCCCCUGCGGGCCCCCCUGCCCCCCCACCUGCCGCGACCUGGGCCGGGAGCCCCCCGAGCUCUGCGGGGCCCUGGGCUGCCUCGAGGGCUGCUUCUGCCCCCCCGGGCGGCUCCUGCACGACGGGCAGUGCGUGGAGCCCCCCGCCUGCCCCUGCUUCUGGGACGGCUUCGCCUUCCCGGCCGGGGCCAGCGUGAGCCAGGGCUGCAGCAACUGCACGUGCGUGGCGGGGCGCUGGCAGUGCCCCCCGAGCCCGGCGCCGUGCCCCGCCGCCCCCGCCUGCGCCCCCUGGGAGUUCCGCUGCCGGGCCGGGGGGCUCUGCGUGCCCGGGGCCUGGCUCUGCGACAACGAGGACGACUGCGGGGACGGCUCGGACGAGCUGUGCGACCCGCCCUGCGCCCCGCGGCAGCCCCGCUGCCCCGGCGGGCCCUGCCUGCCCUGGGGGGCGCGCUGCGACGGCGUCACGCACUGCCCCGACGGCUGGGACGAGGCCGGGUGUCCCCCCCGCGCCUGCGAGCCCCCCGAGUUCGCCUGCGCCGGGGGGCGCUGCCUGCCCCCCGCGCGGGUCUGCGACGGGCGCCUCGAUUGUCCCCCCGGGGACGACUCGGACGAGGCGGGCUGCGCCCCCCGGUGCGGGCCGGGGCAGUUCCGGUGCGGCGGGGGCCGCUGCGUGCCCUCCCCGCUCCGCUGCGACGGCCGCGACGACUGCGGGGACGGCAGCGACGAGCGCGGCUGCGCCUGCCCCGAGGGGCACCUGCCGUGUCCGGGGGGCGGCUGCGUGCCCCCCGCCGCCCUCUGCGACGGCCGCCGCCACUGCCCCGACGGCGCCGACGAGAACGACUGCCCCGGUGAGGGGGACACCCGCCAUGGGGACCCCGCCUGGGACCCCCGGCCCUGGGACCACCCCACUGGGGAUCCCCACCCGGGACCCUCCACCCGCACCCGCAAUGUGAACCCCGCCUGGGACCCCCGGCCCUGGGACCACCCACUGGGGAUCCCCACCUGGGACCCUCCACCCGCAAUGGGGACCCCACCUGGGACCCUCCGGACCCCCGGCCCUGGGACCGCCCCCCUGGGGAUCCCCACCCGGGACCCUCCACCCGCACCCGCAAUGGGGACCCCGCCUGGGACCCCCCGGACCCCCGGCCCUGGGACCACCCCACUGGGGAUCCCCACCUGGGACCCUCCACCCGCACCCGCAAUCCCUCUGGGACCCCCUUUGUUCCCCGCUCCCGCCGGCGGCGGUGUCACCGCUGUCCCCGUGUCCCCAGCGCGGGCCGCCUGCGCCCCCGGCACCGUGCCCUGCCCCGACGGCUCCUGCGUGCCGGAGGCGGCCGUGUGCGACGGCGCCCGCGACUGUCGCGACGGCUGGGACGAGAGCCCGGCGGGGUGCGCGGUGGCGCUGCCGCCCGCGCCGCUGUCACCUGUCACCGCUGUCACCGCCUCUGUCACCGCUGUCACCGCUGUCACCUCUUCUGUCACCGCCGACACUGCCAUCGCGGUCACCAGCGGCACUGUCGCCAGCACCGUCACCGUCAGUGACACUGACGCUAUCGCCGACACCUCUGCUGUCACCUCUGCUGUCACCGCCGCUGUCACCGCCGCUGUCGCCAGCACUGUCGCUGUCGCUGUCACCGCCUCGGCCGCGCCCUGCCCGCCCCGCUCCCUGCGCUGCGACAGCGGCGGCUGCGUCCCGCGGGGGUGGCGCUGCGACGGCGACAGCGACUGUCCCGAUGGCAGCGACGAGCGAGGCUGCGCCCCCCCGUGCGCCCCCGGCCACCUGCCCUGCGGCCCCGCCUGCGUCCCCCCCCGCCGCCUCUGCGACGGCCUCCCCGACUGUCGCGACAGCGCCGACGAGAGCCCGCGGCUGUGCGAGCCCCCCGGCCCGCGGGGUCCCUGCGCGGAGUUCGACUGCGGGGACGGGGAGUGUGUCACCUUCGGGCAGGUGUGUGACGGGCUGCGGGACUGCGCCUCGGGGGGGGACGAGCGGGGCUGCGGCCUCUGGGCUCCCUGGGGGCCCUGGGGGUCCUGCAGCCGCCCCUGCGGGCCCGGGGGGCAGCGCCGCGCCCGGGGGUGUCACCAGCGCCACCCGGGGCUGCUGCGGGGCUGCCGGGGACCCCGCGAGCAGGAGCGAGCCUGCUUCCACCGCGCCUGCCCGGUGGACGGAGCGUGGGGCCCGUGGGGUCCCUGGUCCGAGUGCCCGGGGGGCUGCGGGGGGGUCCGGCUGCGCACCAGGGGGUGCCGGCCCCCCCAGAACGGCGGCCGCGCCUGCGAGGAGCUGCGAGGGGGCCCCGGAGCGCUGGAGAUGGCCCCCUGUGCCCCGGGGGGGUGCCCCAACGCCUCGCAGUGCUCGGAGGGGCUGCGCCCCCUGCCCUGCGCCCCCUGCCCCGCCUCCUGCGCCGACCUGGCCGCCGCCGUGCCCUGCCCGCGCCCCCCGCCCUGCCGCCCAGGGUGCUGGUGCCCGGCGGGGCAGGUGCUGGAGCCCCCCGAGGGGUGCGUGCGGCCGGGGCAGUGCCCGUGCCGGGCCGGGGGGCGCCGCUUCCCCCCGGGAGCCCCGGUGCCGCUCGGGUGUCGCGUGUGCACGUGCCUCGAGGGACAGCUGCGACACUGCCGCCCGCGCCCCGGCUGCUCAGUGGACUGCGGCUGGUCCUCGUGGUCGCCGUGGGGGCCGUGCGGGGGCGGCUGCGGCGGCCCCGGGGUGCAGUGGUCCUUCCGCAGCCCCUCGAACCCGGCCCGGCGCGGGGGCGGCCGCCACUGCCGCGGCAUCUACCGCAAAGCGCGACGGUGCCGCUCGCCGCCGUGCCCGCGGUGCCGGGAGCGCGGCCGCUGGCGCGUCCCCGGGGAGCGCUGGCGGGGGCGGCCGUGCCAGCUGUGCCAGUGCCUGCCGGGCGGCGCCGUGCGCUGCGUCCCCUACUGUCCCCUCCGCCGCUGUGCCCAGGGCCAGGCGCUGCGGGAAGGGGACGGCGGCUCCUGCUGCUCCUGCGGCCCCGCGGGUGACAACGCCACGGCCACCCCGCCCGGGAUGGUGACAGCGCUGUCCCCAAGCGGUGCCGAGACCCCCGGCCCCACGGCCGGGACCGAGGGGCCCAAAGGCACCGAGACCCCCCCGGAGCCCCCCAGCGCGGCCGGGGGCACCCCCGGAACCGCGACCCGGCCCGAGGGCACCCCCGGAACCGCGACCCCGCCCCAGGACACGCCGGGACCCCCCGAGGGCACCCCCGGAACCGCGACCCGGCCCGAGGGCACCCCCGGAACCGCGACCCCGCCCCAGGACACCCCGGGGCCCCCCGAGGGCUCCACGCCCCCCCCCGAGCCGGAGCUGCCCUCGCUGGCCCCCACGGGGGUCCCCGCCGCGACCCCCCCAGGCUGCGCCCCCCGGCCCUGGGGGGGGUGGGGGUCCUGCAGCCGCUCCUGCGGGGUGGGGGUCGCUCUGCGGCGCCGGAGGGAGACCCCGCCCGGGGGGGGCUGCGCCCACCGCCCCGACACCGAAACCCGCGUGUGCUUCCUGCGAGCCUGCCCAGUUUCGGGCGGGUGGGCGCCCUGGGGCUCCUGGAGCGCCUGCGCCGCCCCGUGCGGGGGGGGGCAGCAGAUUCGCCGCCGCAGCUGCAGCGACCCCCCCCCAAAAAACGGGGGGCGGCCGUGCGAGGGAGGGGCGCUGCAGAGCCGGCCCUGCAACCUGCGGCCCUGCGGGGACCCCCCAGCCUGCCCCCCCCAGGCGCUGCUGGUGCCCCCGGGGGGGUGCGAGGAUCUGGGGGUCCCCCCGUGCCCCCCGACCUGCGCGGACCUGAGUGGGAACAGCUCGUGCCCGGGGGGCUGCCAGGAAGGCUGCCGGUGCCGGCCCGGGCUGGUGCUGCAGGGGAGCGGCUGCAUCGAGCCCAGCGCCUGCGGGGUCCCUGCGGGGGUGAUGGGGGUGCCCGGGGAUCGGGGCCCCCCUGAAUCCUGCGGGUGGUCGCGCUGGACCCCCUGGACCCGCUGUGACUGCGGCACCGGGACCCGGCAGCGCUUCAGGUCCCCCACCAACCCCGCGGCGGCGCCGGGCGGUGCCCCCUGCACCGGGACCCCCCGAGAGGAGCGGGGCUGUGCCGAGCUCUGCGGCCCCGGUACGUGCCAGGAUCCCCCCGAGACCCCCGAGAACCCCGAGCCCCGGAGCCGGGACCCCCGAGCGUGCCCGCGGCCCCUCGAGCGCCGCGUGUCCGUCUGUCCGUCUGUCCGCAGAGCCCGGGAGCGCGGGGCCGCCUGCGGGGGCCGCCGGGGCUCCCCAGAACCCCCAGAACCCCCGGAGUCCCCGGACGCCGCGCUCGGCCCGUGGUCGCCCUGGAGCCCGGAGCCCUCGCCGGUGCCGGUGUCGCCCUGGAGCGCGGAGCCCGCCCGCGCCCCCGAGGCGCCGGUGCCCGCCCGGUGGUCGCCGUGGGGGCCGUGGGGCGGCUGCAGCGCCCCGUGCGGGGGCGGCGAGCGCUGGCGCCACCGGGGCUGCGGGACCCCCCCGUGCCCGGGACCGGCGCUGCAGAGCCAGAGCUGCCACAGCCACGCGUGCCGCGAGGCCGGGUGCCCCCCGGGGCGGACGUUCCGUGAGUGCGGGGGGCGCUCGGGGUGUCCCCGGAGCUGCGCCCACCUCGGGGGGGCCGUGGGGUGCGCGGGGGGGUGCCAGGAGGGCUGUCACUGCCCCCCCGGCACCUUCCUGCACCGCCGCACCUGCCUGCAGCCGAUCUCGGCCCCACACCCGAUCUCGGCCCCACAGCGGAGCUCAGCCCCACAGCCGAUCUCGGCCCCACAGCCGAUCUCGGCCCCACAGCGGAUCUCGGCCCCACAGCGGAUCUCAGCCCCACACCCGAUCUCAGCCCCAUAUCAGAUCUCGGCCCCAUAUCGGAUCUCAGCCCCACAGCACCAGGAGCCCGGGGGGUCUCCAAUGGCCCCGGCGGUCCCGUGGGGCCCGUGGGGGCCGUGGGGGCCCUGCAGCCAGAGCUGCACCCGCCCCGAGAGCCCCGCGAGCCGCAGCCGCCACCGGGACUGCGCGGGGGGAAACUGUGGGGCGGGGGCGAGCACCGACACACGGCCCUGCAACCUGCAGCACUGCGAAGGGUACGGGGGAUAUGGGGUUAAUGGGGUCACCCUGCAACCUGCCGCACUGCCAGGGUACGGGGGAUAUGGGGUUAAUGGGGUAACACCGCAGCACUGCCAGGCCCCCCCGUGCCCGACGCCCCCCUGCCCGUGCCGCUGGAGCCCCUGGGGUCCCUGGGGGUCGUGCUCGCGGCCCUGCGGGGGGGGGCAGCAGCGGCGGCUCCGCGCCUUCGCCCCCCCCGGGCCCGGGGAGCGCUGGUGCCCCCAAAUCCUGGGGGGGGGCCACGAGCAGCGCCGGCCGUGCGGGGUGACGGCGUGCCGGGUGAACGGCGCGUGGUCCCCGUGGGGUCCCUGGUCGCGCUGUGACGUCACGUGCGGGGGGGGCCGCUCCGUGCGCAGCCGCUCCUGCUCCAGACCCCCCCCCAAAAACGGGGGCAGCCCCUGCCCCGGGGGGGGGCACGAGCUGCGCGUCUGCAACGCCCGCGCCUGCGGCCCGCGGUGCCCCCCCGGGCAGACCGAGUCCCCCUGUGCCACGCGGUGCCCGCGGAGCUGCCGGGACCUGCAGGAGGGGGUGUCCUGCCAGGGGGGGGCGCCCUGCGAGCCGGGCUGCCGCUGCCCCCCCGGCACCCUGGAGCAGGACGGCGGCUGCGUGCCCCCCGCGCUGUGCCCCUGCCUGGACUCGGGGGGGCACCUCUGGGUGCCGGGGGGGGGCGGCCCCGCCCGGGGCUGCCGGAACUGCACGUGCGCGGGGGGGCGGCUGCGCUGCGGGCCGGGGGGGUGCCCGCCCCCCCCCGCGACCCCCGGGAUCCCCCCCGGGACCCCCCCCGGCACCGCCCCCUGCGCCUGGAGCCGCUGGAGCCAGUGGGGACCCUGCAGUGCCACCUGCGGGGGGGGGCGGCAGCUGCGACACCGGACCCCCAUUCCCCCCGAGGGCGGGGGGACGCCGUGCGGAGCCCCCCAGGAGCAGGCGCGGGGCUGCGAGGAGGCGCCGUGCCCGCCGCUGUGCCCCUGGGCGGGGGGCGAGCGGGCGCUGGGCGAGCGCUGGAGCCCCGGCCCGUGCCGGCUCUGCACCUGCACCCCCGAGGGACCCGAGUGCGGGGACACGCCGUGCGCCGCCGAGCCGUGUGACUGGAGCCCCUGGGGGCCCUGGGGACCCUGCAGCGACCCCUGCGCGGGGGGGUCCCGCCUGCGCCACCGGCACCCCCGGCACCCCGAGCCCCCCGGGCGGGCGUGCGCGGGGGUCCGCACCCAGAGCGAGAGCUGCGGCUCCGGCGCCUGCCCCGAGCCCCGGUGCGGCGGGGGGGGCCGCGGCCGCAGCCCCUGCGCCGGGCGCUGCCCCCGGAGCUGCGCGGACACCUGGGCGCCGGUGCAGUGUCUGCAGGGACCGUGCGAGACAGGGUGCCGGUGCCCCCCCGGGCAGCUGCUGCAGGACGGGCACUGCGUCCCCCUGAGCCGCUGCCGCUGCGGGACCCCCGGCGGGGACAGCGGGAGCCGCGAGGUGGCCCCGGGCACCGUGACCCGCGUCGGGUGCCACGACUGCACCUGCGAGAACGGGACCCUGACCUGCCCAGCGCUGCCGUGUCCCUCCCCGGAGCCCGCGACUCCCGCCAGCACCAUGUCCCCCGUGUCCUCCGUGUCCCCCGUGUCCCCCGUGUCCUCCGUGUCCCCCAUGUCCUCCAUGUCCCCUGUGUCCCCUUGGUCCCCCGUGUCCCCCGUGUCCCCCAUGUCCCCUUGGUCCCCCGUGUCCCCGCUGUCGCCCUCGCCCCCUCUUUCGGCCCCGCUCCCCCUCUCUCCCGAGCCCGCCGUGUCCCCCUGGUCCCCCUGGUCCCGCUGCUCCCGCAGCUGCGGCGGCGGCACCCGGAGGCGGCAGCGGCAGUGCCGGGAGGGCCCCGGGCCGGGGCCGCCGUGCGGGGAGAGCCCCGGAGAGGAGACGGCGGCGUGUAACCCCCAGGCGUGCCCCGUGCCGUUCCCGGUGGCCCCAAGCUGCCCCCCGGACGAGGUGUGGCUGGACCCCGGCCCCGCGUGCGAGCGCAGCUGCCGGGACCUUGCGGAGCCCCCCGGGACCUGCGGGGGGACCCCCGCGACCCCCGGAACCUCCGGAUCCCCCGCGACCCCCGGGACCCCCGUGACUCCGGACAGCUCCAGCGCCCCCGGGGUCCCCACGACCCCCGGCACCCCCGGGACCCUCGGGACCGCCUCGCCGCCCCCGCGCUGCGCCUGCGCCCCCGGGCGGUACCGGAACGGCUCCGGGCAGUGCGUGAGCGCGGGCGGCUGCGGCUGCCGGUACCGAGGGGCGCUGCGAGCGGCCGGCAGCGAGUGGCGGGAGCCGUGCGGGACCUGUCGCUGCUCCGAGGGACGCGUCACCUGCGGCAGCUCCUGCCCCGCGCUCACCUGCCCCGAGGGCGCGGAGCCGGUGCGGGAGCCCGGGAGCUGCUGCCCCGUGUGCCGGGACGAGUGGCCAGAGGAGCCCCCCGGGCCGUGCCGGCUCCUCACGGCGCUCCGGACCAUCGCCAAGGGCGCGUGUGUCCUGCGGGGCGUCCGCGUCUCCUACUGCGCGGGGGCGUGCCGCUCCCGCACCGCCGUCAGCGCGCAGGAGCCGUACGUGCGGUCGCUGUGCGAGUGCUGCAGUUACCGGCUGGACCCCGCCCGGCCCGUGCGGGCGCUGCUGCUGCCGUGCCCCCGGGGCCGCCCCCGGCCCGCGCUGCUGCCCCGCAUCGCCGAGUGCCGCUGCGAGCCCUGCCGGGGUGGGGACUUCAGCCGGCGCUGAGAGACCCCCGGACACCGCCCCUCCGGCCCCCGUGUCGGCAUCGAGGAGACCCUUAUGGAUACCA